UUCAUUCUUUAUCCCUGUUUCCUUCAUUUCUACUUCAAACCAAAACCAAACUCUGAUAACCACCUCUCACCAUCUCCAGAGGAGGACAGAGAUGUGAUAAAUUAUGGGGGUUAGAGGACCAAACAGCAAGACCAGCAAAGGAGUUUAUCUGAGGAUGAGAUUAUUCAGACCAAAAGCCGGAGGAAGGCAAAAACCCGAAAAGAUCUUCUUCUGCCAUAGAUAUUUCAAAUGGGUUCUCUGGUUUUCCCUUUCUUUUUACUUCUUCAUCUCUUUUCUCUUCACCCACAAGCCCGCCGCCUCCCUCAUCUCAAGAACCACCGUCGUCCACCGCUCUAAUAAAGCUUCUAACGCCGUAAUAGAAUCCUCCAAUCCCCAGCAAGGUAAAAUAAGCUCCGGCGCUCUAAAGGGUUUGAAAAUAUACGUAUACGACUUGCCGGAGAAAUACAACGUCGAUUGGUUGAAGAAUGAACGGUGCGGCAGCCAUUUGUUUGCUUCGGAGGUGGCGAUUCACAGAGCAUUGGAAAGCAGUGAUGUUCGGACGAUUGACCCGUGGGAGGCUGACUUUUUCUUCGUCCCCGUUUACGUUUCCUGCAAUUUCAGCACCGUCAACGGGUUCCCGGCGAUUGGUCACGCCCGCUCUCUGAUAUCCUCCGCCGUCCGUCUCGUUUCCUCCGACCACCCCUUCUGGAACCGCAGCGGCGGCGCUGACCACGUCUUCGUCGCUUCCCACGAUUUCGGGUCCUGUUUUCACACCCUGGAGGACAGAGCCAUCGCCGACGGGGUGCCGGCGUUUUUGAAAAACUCAAUCAUAUUGCAAACUUUUGGGGUAAAAUAUUAUCAUCCGUGUCAAGAUGUUGAGCACGUUGUAAUCCCGCCGUAUGUUUCACCGGAAAGUGUGCGGAAAACGCUGACGGCGAACCCGACGGCCGAUCACCGGAGAGAUAUUUUCGCGUUUUUCCGGGGAAAAAUGGAAGUCCGUCCCAAGAACGUCAGCGGUCGUUUUUACGGCAGGUAAAAGUUUUCCGAUUUUCUUGCAAGAGAAAUGUGUUUUUACUUUGUAGAUUGCUUAUAAUGACGGAACUAACCCUACCCUUCCUUUCAAAAAAAAAAAAACCCUACCCUUUGACGUUUCAACGCAGGCGUGUCCGGACGGCGAUUCUGAAAAACUACGGCAGCGACCGGAAGUUUUACCUGAAACGCCACAGAUUCGCCGGUUACCAGUCGGAGAUUCUCCGCUCAACGUUCUGUUUAUGUCCGCUUGGCUGGGCACCGUGGAGCCCGCGCUUGGUUGAGUCCGUCGUCCUCGGCUGCGUGCCGGUGAUCAUCGCCGACGGCAUCGACCUUCCUUUCCCCGCCGCCGUCCCAUGGGAGGAAAUUUCCGUCACGGUGCCGGAAAAGGACGUCCCCAAGCUCGGCCGCAUACUUGAAAAAGUCGCGGCGACCAACCUUACCGAUAUCCAACGGCGACUGUUGGACACCGGCGUACGGCGGGCCCUCCUCUACAACGAUCCAAUGGUGGAAGGGGACGCAACGUGGCAGGUCUUACUUGCGUUGACCGAGAAGCUCCACCGGUCCCACCGUAGGUCAAGCGAAUGACUACCUGGUGACGUGGAGGGAAUCUAUUCGGUUUAAAAUGACCAGCUAAAAGGAGGUGCUGUACUAUAAAAAAGGUGAUGGGAUACAGCUGGAUUAUCCCACGGGUUACAGUGCUGUCAGAAUAGUCUUUAAAAAUGUGUCCAGGCUGGGUCCCAUAUUGCUGGAUACCGUGUGCUGAGUUGGCGAGAUGUGAUUGGUUUAUAUCGCGGUCGGAGGAUGGGCGGUUGAUGGUUUUGUUGGGUCACAUGUGAACGCGGCCCAUAAGUGGAAAGACAGGAAACGUUACGGAGAUCCACACUGUUCGCGGUGUGGGAUCCUGCCACGCUGUAAAUGAUAAAGCGACGGAAAUGACACUGUGUGAAUAGAAGAAAAUUUUGUUAUUCUUUUGUAUAUAAUCCCUCUUAAUUAUUGGUCAAUUACAGUAUUUAGAAGUUCGAAUCUCAAGGAAUUAAAUUAAUUUAACAAAUUAAUUACUUGUACAAUCCAUGACAUUAUGUCCCAAUAUCACCUGUGACAUCAACAUGUAUCAAAACAUUAAUUGUAGCAUCUUGACUCCCAAAAAAACUUUCGAACUCUUAAUUACAAAUAUGUGCUUAUAUAAAAUUAAGAG